GAGCCGAUCGCAUGAUGUUCUCUUUUACACGCCGUAGCCACCUGGGCCAUAGGCUUCUCAUGGCAUACAUAAUUUGAUUGAGUGUAAUGUCAUCACUAUUCUUCCUCAAUGGCUGACCUUCAAUCGGUGGCCCUCAGGCAAACUACUUAUAAACGAGUGCGCUGGGGCUCUAAUCACAACCAACUAGAUCGAGCUUCCUAUACCCCUCAAUCUUCCUUGCAGCUGCAACGAACCAGUGGACUAAAGUCACGUAUUCCUCCUCGUCGUGCUUGGGUCCCUAUCUAUCCAGAACAAGAGGACUCAUCAGAGUGCGUCACACAUAUGAUAUACAUGAUGCGCAUCAUGCCCGGCAUCAUGAUGGCUAUACCAUGAUCUCACUGAUCAUGAUCAUGCUGCAAGGAUGGAAUUGCGAACAUUGUGCAGUCCAUCAGGAGUCCUACAUUGAAUAGGUAGGCAACUUUGAAGCUAGCUAUAAUCUAACGAACAGCAACGUACUUCGCACUUAGUAUGAAAGUUGAAACGGCAGUUCACGGUUUCUCCGGCAACGUCGGGCGUCUCCCUCUGCCCAUUGCUUUUGCAUGUUGUGCAUCAAGGCUCCUUUCUGGAACUCCAGGUUCAAGCAUCUCUCGCAUCUUGUCCUUCUUGGAGAAACUCAGGUCCUUUCCAUGCUUUGCUUGCAGGGUGAGGUGGAUGAGCAAGGGGACCGCACCGAACGGCCAGCCAGCAGGUCUGCGCAAGAAGGGUUUUGACCCUGGCGCCAGCCAGGGAAAAACUCACCGGAAAAUCCUGGCGGCCAGCCAGGAAGUACCGGUUUACCUUCGGUGCGGUCCCCUGGAUGAGCCCAUCAAGUCGGAUCUCAUGAGCCAGAUUAGAAUCAGCAGGGACGAUCCAGAACGUGUAUCCAUCUUUGAGCCCGGCGCAAUCAACAUGGAUCGCUCCAUUGCGAAUUCGGUGGAGAAGCAGAGGUGGGAACUGUACGAUGCUGACGGGCGGCCCCAGCAGCAGAUUGAGACCAUUAUUGUGGAGGAGGCAGUAGAGAGCGAGUCUGCCUAUGCCCAACGCUUCCAAGCUGCCUCCAGCCCUACCAGCAGAAGUACCUCGAGCAGAGAAAGUACGUCGCCAACGAUUGUGAAGGUGCCUGGGCAAGCCGUGCUGGACUUCUUUGAGGACAACCUGGACCCGCAGGUACGUUCCAACAUUACUGCAGGAUGCCCACAGUCCCUGGUUGCAAGCUCUGCCGAAGGAGGGGGCACCCGAGCACGAGCCACGUGA